CCGUUUUUUUUUUGUUGUCCAGGGCAUCAUGGCGGCGGCGGCGGAGCUCUCCGCGGACAGCAGCGCGAACAUCCCGGAUUAUGAAUAUGCCGACGUGAACACCAAACCGUUCCACCUCGGCUCGUUCAGAAACGAGUGGCUGAACCGACUGGGGCCGGGCGACUGCUCCUACCAGCCGGAGGACGAGGACGAGGACGCGUUUGACGCCAGCUUCGCCAAGGAGAUGGGGAUCGGCGCGGAGACGGCGACCGAGCUGAGAGCCCUCUGCAGUCUCGAUUCACUCCGGUGCCAUCCUGAGGAUCAGCAGCCCGACAUGGAAGUUGUUCCUCCAGACUCGACGCUAAGAACGCUAGUGCAAAGGAAAAAGAGACAAGAUUACAGAGCUUCUCUGAAAAUCAGCAAGAACAGACAUGACCUCUACGCAGAUGAACUGGAGCGUCUAACUAUUGGUAGGAAACCAGAAGCAGUGGCUGACAUGGUCCCGGAAGGAGAAAUCCUUCUAACCAUCAACGUCUACUACCCUGCCAUUUUUGAGAAAUUCAACUACAUCCGACCCCACUUGACUCUGCUGAUGACAGGCACCCACAGCUUGGCAGAGCUCAGGGAUGCCAUUUGCUGUGUCAGCGACUUGCAAGUGUGCGGAGAGUUCAGCAACACACCGGACAUGGCUCCGGACUUCAUUAGCAAAGAUCAUUACAAGUCAGCUUUCUUUUUCUUCGAAGGAGUUUUCUACAACGACAUGCGAUUCCCAGAGUGUCAAGACAUCAGCCUGACGACCAUUGAAUGGGCAAAAGCCCGCAACUUCCCACCCUACAGCCAGGCCAAGAUGGAGGACACGCGGUUUGUGGAUCUGACAGUAAAAGUGGGCUUCCCGUACCUCUACUGUCAUCAGGGAGACUGCGAACAUCUCGUCAUCAUCACAGACGUCAGACUGACCCACAAGAACGACUGUCUGGACAAGAAGCUGUACCCACUUCUCACUCAUAAGCACAGGGUCACCACCCAAAAGUGUGCAGUUUGCCAUGUCUUCAUUGGAAGAUGGUUUACUACCAACGACCAGUUCGCUCCGAGUGACCCAUGUCUCUUCUGUGACAAGUGUUUCCGGAUGCUUCACUACGACGCUGAGGGCAACAAGCUGGGGAAUUUUCUGGCCUAUCCCUAUGUGGACCGUGGUGCCUUCAACUGAACCUUUUCUUUAGUAAACUGCGCUGAUCACUGACUUAAUGCUGUAUAAUACAGUUAAAUAUCUUUAUAUUUCAGUAAGAAAUGUUUUUUUAAGAUUUUGGAAAUGUAUAUUUUCUUUCAAAGAGUUUUUCUAUGUCGCCACAGUUAUGCUUUGGUUUUAAUUGUUAUGCUUGAAA